UUUCUUUCUCACCACGGGGAUGAGCUGCUUCAUUAUCAUCUAAAUUGGAAGUCAUGGUGAUGGAAACCAACAUGUCUGACAAAAGUGACUUGAAAGCCGAGCUAGAGCGCAAAAAGCAGCGCUUGGCACAGAUAAGAGAAGAGAAGAAACGGAAGGAAGAGGAGAGGAAGAAGAAAGAGGCUGAUCUGCAGCAGAAGAAAGAGCCCGUCCAGGAUGACUCGGAUCUGGACCGCAAGCGACGGGAGACUGAGGCCCUGCUGCAGAGCAUUGGCAUCUCGCCGGAGCCGCCGCUAGUCCCAACCCCUAUGUCUCCCUCCUCGAAAUCAGCGAGCACUCCCAGUGAAGCUGGCAGCCAAGACUCAGGCGACCUGGGGCCAUUAACAAGGACCCUGCAGUGGGACACAGACCCCUCAGUGCUCCAGCUGCAGUCAGACUCAGAACUUGGAAGAAGAUUGCAUAAGCUGGGUGUGUCGAAGGUCACCCAAGUGGACUUCCUGCCAAGGGAAGUAGUGUCCUACUCGAAGGAGACCCAGACUCCACUUGCAACACAUCAGUCUGAAGAGGAUGAAGAAGAUGAGGAAAUGGUGGAGCCGAAAGCCGGCCAUAAUUCAGAGCUGGAAAAUCAAGACCAAAAGCAGGAGGUCAAGGAAGCCCCUCCAAGGGAACUGACAGAGGAAGAAAAACAGCAGAUUCUUCAUUCCGAGGAGUUCCUCAUCUUCUUUGAUCGCACGAUACGGGUCAUUGAAAGAGCCCUGGCUGAAGACUCCGACAUCUUUUUUGACUACAGCGGUCGGGAGUUAGAGGAAAAAGAUGGGGAUGUCCAGGCGGGAGCCAAUCUUUCCUUCAAUCGUCAGUUCUACGAUGAGCAUUGGUCCAAGCAUCGAGUAGUUACUUGCAUGGACUGGUCUCUCCAGUACCCUGAGCUGAUGGUUGCCUCCUACAACAACAAUGAGGAUGCGCCCCAUGAACCAGAUGGAGUGGCCUUGGUGUGGAACAUGAAGUUCAAGAAAACCACGCCCGAGUAUGUCUUCCAUUGCCAGUCCUCUGUGAUGUCGGUCUGCUUCGCACGCUUCCAUCCCAACCUGGUGGUUGGUGGGACUUACUCGGGCCAGAUCGUCCUCUGGGACAAUCGCAGUCAUCGGAGGACACCGGUGCAGCGGACACCCUUGUCAGCGGCAGCGCACACGCAUCCUGUGUACUGCGUCAACGUGGUUGGGACCCAGAAUGCUCACAACCUCAUCACUGUCUCCACUGACGGCAAGAUGUGCUCCUGGAGCCUGGACAUGCUCUCCACACCACAGGAGAGCAUGGAAUUGGUGUACAACAAGUCCAAGCCUGUUGCCGUGACUGGGAUGGCCUUCCCCACAGGCGAUGUCAACAAUUUCGUGGUCGGCAGCGAGGAGGGGACAGUCUAUACAGCCUGCCGUCACGGAAGCAAAGCCGGCAUCGGCGAAGUCUUUGAAGGUCACCAGGGUCCGGUGACAGGGAUCAACUGCCACAUGGCCGUGGGCCCAAUCGACUUUUCACACCUGUUUGUCACGUCAUCCUUUGACUGGACGGUCAAACUGUGGACCACGAAGCACAACAAGCCGCUGUACUCCUUUGAAGACAACGCCGACUACGUGUACGACGUCAUGUGGUCCCCCGUGCACCCCGCGCUCUUCGCCUGCGUGGACGGCAUGGGGCGCCUGGACCUCUGGAACCUCAACAACGACACCGAGGUUCCAACAGCAAGUGUAGCCAUCGAGGGAGCGUCCGCUCUAAACCGUGUUCGUUGGGCCCAGGCUGGCAAAGAAGUUGCUGUCGGGGACUCAGAAGGCCGAAUCUGGAUCUACGACGUUGGAGAGCUGGCGGUUCCCCACAACGACGAGUGGACCCGAUUUGCCAGGACCCUCGUGGAGAUCCGUGCCAACAGAGCCGACAGCGAGGAGGAGGGCGCCGUCGAGUUGUCUGCCUAGAGGCGGCGACCCCCACCGCAGCCCCCGCCCUGUCCUAGACGCGCGUCUGCAGUCAAGUCCGCUGUGUUCAGUGUCCCGUCUUCGGUAUCACUGUGCCGUGAUAUGGAGUGCUGUGUUGUGCCGGUCUGGCGUCAAGUGUUCCACAUGUUCCUGCCACGCUGUCCACUGACCUGAAAUUCACUGCAGCAUUUCUGUCUUUACAUUUCUGUCUCAACGACGAAAGGGGGUGGGGGGUGGGGGGUGGGAAUCUACGGGUUAGCCAUUGCCUUGUACCUACUUAGUAGCUCUAUUAAUAGCUGGAACGCUCUGGCUCGCUGUGUGCCUGACGCACUCCUGGCGCGGCCUAUUAAAUCCAUAUGAACCAGGCAUGAUUGGGCGCAGAUGUGCCGCCCCGUGCCGGGCGCAGGGCCUGAGACAGCCACGGCGUUUCUCAUGGUGACUCGCAUUAUAAAUGGAUUUGCUAGAACAUUGCUGCUCCUUAUUUAUUGCAGUGUGCUGCAUGGAACGUAUUUAUUUGAAAGCAUUAAAACAAACGAUCCUGGGGCAUGUGCAUAAUGAGAGCACUGUAUUCUCUCGGCUGCUGCCGAGGUUACAUUAAGUUCCAAGUAACAAUUACAGUAUGCCAGUUCCACUGAGCACGGGAGAGCUUUAGACAUUUGUUGCAGUGAACGGAAUGAAUUUUACUGCCUAUUAUUUCUAGGUACUUUAACAAUAUUUCAAAUAGAGUUGACCACUGAUACUUGUCAUUGAAGCUAACACAGUCUGACAAAAGUCUGUGGUUCCUAGACAUGACACCAGUAUUGCCAAUAAAAUGCUCCAAACCAGG